AUGAAGACUGUGUCAUGCCCCAUCUUUGACGGUCACGAGUAUCCCAAGUGGAAGGCCAUGAUGAAGAACCGCCUCAUGGCGAUGAACAACGAGCUGUGGACCGUCACUAAGAUUGGUCUGACCGAUAUGUGCAAGAUGGCGGAAGCUGAUGACAUUCGCAAGUACACUGUCUAUGAAGGUCAUCGAACCCGUCACGAUCCUUGGUUUGAGGACUUCAAGGAAUCUCUUAAAGCGAUGACAUUCGAACCAGAAUCAUCAUCUUCUGCACCAUGCCUUAUAGCAAAAGAUGCAAAGAGAAAGCAAGAUCUUGAGAAGCUAAGAGUGAGUUAUGAAGAUCUUCAGAAGGAGCGCGAUUCAUUACUUGCUGAACAAAUCAGCGCUGCUCAGGAAGAAUUUGUUCCUCCUUGCUUGAAAUGCAUUGAACGUGAAUCUGCUAAUUCUUCACCUGAAUGUUCAAAUGAUUCUAAUGUUACAAAUUCUUCAACUGUCUCUGCUAUCACUAAUUCCUCAUCCGAGGACAUUGCUAGUAUCACUGAUGAUGCAGGGUUGAAGGAAUUGUACAUGACAGGCAUGUACAAAAGCCUCAAAGGGCAUCAGACUCUUUGUGAUGUGCUUAAAAAGCAGAUCCUCAACAGGAACCCUAGGAAAGAGGGUAUUGCCUUUGAGAGGAAACUCAACGCUGAUGGUACAUAUUGGAAGCCCGAGCAGUACCCCAAAACCUCAUGGGUUGCUGCAAAGGGACCUCCAGUAGAUCCAUCUAAUCUAUCUGGCUUUACAUGUGAAUCUCCUCAUUCUUCUGAUGAGUCAUUUGACUCCAACUAUAAACUGUUCAAAAAUGAGAAUGGUGAAGUAUUUGCUAGAUAUGUUGGCACUAACUGCAGGAACGGUUCCCCUAUGAAGAAAAUCUGGGUUCCCAAAAAGUGCCUUGAAAGUCUUCACGUGAAUGUCAUCAUGACACCACCUGUGAAGAAUAGGAGCCCCAGAUCAAAUUCUUCAUAUGGACCAAAGUCUUCAUAUGGAUCCAAGUCCUCAUACGGACGAAAUUCCUCACGUGGAUCAAAUUCCUCAAAAGGAUCAAAGUCCUCAUAUGAAUAUCAUCGUGCUAACAACUCUGUUUCGGAGGGAAGAGCUAAGGGCUAUGAAUAUGAGCAUUAUUCUUCUAACCAUUAUGUUCAUAAGUCCUCGAAGAAUUUCUCUGCUUAUUCAUAUGCUUAUCCUAACUCCUAUGUGAAACGAAAUGGAUUGGAUUCUAUGCCACCUUUCUCAUAUGGAGCUCGCAGAGUGAUGAACUCUUUGCCACCCCUUCAGAUG